GUGAGACUCUCUGCUUGUCUGUCUGACGACAGGUAGGAAAUGCAAAUGAGAGCUGCCGCUCGUUCUUAUGAUACCACACGCUUUUAAUCUCUGAGACUAUUUGCAUCUGGCAUCUGACACAAAGACACGUCCUCAUGACUUGAGCUGUGAGACUCGUGCCAGCAUCCUAAGCAUGAGUUUCCUUGGAAAACUGAAGCCCCGUGGACCUCCGGCCCCUCCAAGGAGGACAGACAACAAUGCAGCGUUUGAAUGGCCACAGGAUGAAUUUGAUGAUGAAGACGGGGACAUGUAUGAAGUUCCUCCCUGUGAGCGUCAGCCUGUCAAGGUCCCACAGACACAAAUACAGGAAAACAUUUACUUGGAGAGGGCAUCUCGUCCUGAAAUUCACGCCCCACCCAGAAUAUCCAAACCCUCUACACCACAGAACACUGUAAAACCUCCUGAAAUAAACAGAACUGAGAAACCUGGAAGGAUAAAGAUGCCCGAUCCUCCGGCCCGCAGUGCUCCCGCUCCGGCUCCUUUACCUGAAGAAGAUGUUUAUCUGGAUCCAAAUGAAGAACAGGAAGACAAUGAUGACGUGUAUUUGGAGCCAGAAGCAUCCUGCCCUCCUCCUGCCCCAAACAGAGGACCCAAACCUCCUCCUCCAAAACCCAUGGUAAAACCACCAGUUCCAAGAGCUGAGACUCAACCAAUGUUUUCUGCUAUUCAUGAGCUAAAGACAUCUGAGGAUAGACGCGCCAGCUUCCCCGGUCAGCUAACGCAACGAGUUCUGCCUCCAGAUCUGAAGGAACCUAAACCCAUGCUUCCUCAUCCUCUGAUGGGAGACUACAAACCUGGAGGUGGCAGUAGGAUGACGAAGCAAAGUGGAAAUGAGGAUAAAGAGUGGUUUGCUGGAGACUGUAGCAGACAGACAGCUGAGAAUCUCUUAAAUAGAGUCAGAAAGGAUGGAGCCUUUCUCAUUCGAUACAGCUCAGACAAACGACCUCAGCAGCCGUACACACUGGCUGUCCUCUACCAGCAGAAGGUGUACAACAUCCCCAUCCGUUUUAUUGAAGAGUCAAAAGGUUACGCCCUCGGAAAGGAGGGCAAGAAGAAUGAAGAGGUCUUCAGCAGUCUUGACGAGAUGAUUUCUUACCACAAGAACAACCAAAUACUUCUGAUUGACAGCAAGAGCCAGGCCAAGCACACAGCACACCUAACGCAGCCUGUUCGACCCUAAAAUGACACUAAUUACAUGUUGUGUGAGAUAAACAGAAGAAACUGAAACUUUAUUUUAAAGAAAAAACACCUUAAUCUUGCCUGUUAUUGUAAAAAAUAGAUUUUUUAUCCACUAAGGUUCUAUGAGGAAGAUGUCUAGAUGAAAACUGUAAGUUUAUAUUAUAUCAAGCAUCAGCUGUCGCACUUGAGGGCUCAACUCUAUUUGUUGCAAUUUUUCCGCUUCUGUUCAUUUACAUAAAUUUGUUUGCUCAGAUCUUUUUCUGUCACCAUCUUAUAAGUUCACGUCAGAGUGUUUGUUUUGAAAUGCUUUCAGUUUUUAGUGUAACAUGUUGGCUGUUCUGCAAUCCAGAAAAUGUGACUUGCAUUGCUUCUGUUGUGUUAAUUUCGUCCAGGUUUGUCCGUAUUUACCAAAGUUGAAUUUUAGUAUGUCUGAAUGUCAUCAUAUGGGGUUUUUGUUGUGUUUUUUGGGAAGAAUUGAUUCUCUGGUGACGUAUCCUGAUGAGAGCAGCAGGUCUCCAGGAUCUGUGGGAGCAGCUGCUAACCAGACGCUGACGGCUCCACCUGCUUCCUGUCAGGGUCAAACAUUUCCUCUGUGAUCAAACCAUAAAUCUUCUACCAAAUGGUAGAUCAACAAAUGUGUGUCUAUUUGCUUUUAGGAAAAUAUUUUGUAAAUCUUACAGCAUUCUGCAAACGGAUUAGAUCCCGAGAUGUAAAUCAGACUCAGAGCUUCUUCUAAAGCCUUUUUAUUUUACAUAUCGCUUUGCUUGUACAGAACGUCUGUGCUGGUUAAAAUGCAAAAGAUUUUUCACUGGCUCUACUGUACCAGUGAAAUUUGCAUUAAUAAGAGGUGCAAAGGAGAACUGAAUUACUUCCUGAAGCCUGCUACUGUACAUGUGGCAAGUAAGAGAUCUAAUAAUAAUCUGAGCUUGAACCAUUCAAAGUCCUGAGAACCGCAGCAAAGUUUUAUACAUGUUCCUGUUUUUGACAGGGAAUUCAGGACAACCUCACCAAGGUCAACUCAAACUGAGUAUUUUCAGCUCUUUCUGUUUUUCUUAUGCUCACGUUUUUUUUGUAAUCUUUAUUAUUCCGAAAAUUUAAAUUUUCCAAAGCU